AUACAUCUCACAACAUCCGUUUUUCCAACGUUGCCUUCUAACUUCGACGUACAACAAGGCGCUCUCCCCCCUCCAUCAUGGCAGACUCCAAGUCAGCAUACGGCAAGUCUGCCGCCUCCGACACAGACUUUCGCAGAACAUGGGACCGAUCCGAGUACGAGGCAAAGGCUAAAAAGGAUCAAGAAGAGCGCAAGGAAGAAGCGAAAGCACGAUAUGAAGCGAAACUUGAAGGCAAGAAAUGGCACAAGCAAGUGGACAUGUCGUCUCUCGACGCCACCUCUGCUCGAGGCUCUCGGCUCGACGUCGCCAGCAUGGUGGGCAAGAGCACGCUCGUUCCAGCGGGUGCAGGUGUAGGCAAGAGAGGAAAAGGCGCAGGUUUCUAUUGCGAGGCUUGUGAUCUCACAUACAAGGACAAUGUGCAGUACAUCGAACACUUGAAUUCAAAGCAGCACCUUAUCAACACUGGUCAGUCAGGAGAGGUCAAGAGAGCGACUCUACAAGAUGUACAUGAGCGGCUGGAGAUGCUCAAAGCCAGAAAGAGGCAACAAGAGGAGGAGGACAAGAGAUUAGGUGAAGUCGACAUACAGGCUCGAAUCAAGAAGGCCGAGGAACUGGAUGCGGCAGAACGAGAGGAGAAGAGGCGAAAGAGAAACGAGAAGCGACGAAAGGGUGGUGGUGACGGGAUAAAGAAGGAGGACCAGUGGGAAGGAAGACUGGGAAUCAUCGCAUGAAAUGUGCCCUUGAUCGAUGAUAUUCUAUUCUGUCAUCUGGCAACCCAUAAUAUCGACGCCGAUCGGCAGCCUCUCGUGGACAUCAUCCAGUGCAAAAUGAUACAGCGCCGAUGAACAAACAGCAUUGGUCGUUUCCGCUCGACUCAGAGACUACGCGAACUUUUGAAGCCUGAGUGAAUUGGCAGCACAUGUGAAGUCGAUCACUGGGGUCUCUCUUGGCGAACAAAAAAACUCAUCCCAUAAUCCCCGAAGGGAUCAUGGGAAUUAGAAAACCAGGGAAAACCUGAUUUUUAAAGGGGCAACACCGAUGGUACUCGAACCCGAGUCGACCUGCUCGAGGAACUCUCUUUUUCUGGUCUCCACUGUUGCAAAGAUCACCACUAUACAAAGUGCAUAGCGCUUUCAAGCAUGAUCUUUGCAACUGGACGACUGGAAAGGAAAGUUGCCUUUGAGUUAGACCAGGGUCGAGUCCCAUUGUUGAACAGAAUUCGAAAAACAUAAUAUAUCAAGUGAACAAAUAUCUCGAGGCACAUGAGUGACCUCAGGCUCCACUCAAUCCAGAUAUGGGCGGGAGUCACUGGCCUAUUCACAUCACGAAAGUGAAGCGUAUCUGGCCAAACCCGAUCGAGAAGGACUACUUGAUGCUAUGCUGCGCAGAUCCGUUGAUCGAGAGCAAGACUACAAACAAGGCCGCACGAACGGCCAUGCUCUGCUUUCGUGAUCGCCUUUUAUCAAUAGGAAUGAGUACUCAGCUAGUCACGGAACCUGGAGAACUUGACAGGAGGAUCGACCUAGGUUCUUCACCAAGAGGAGGAAUACGAGAAUCCCGCCAUUUGAGUAAUGGCUAGGUUUACUGCCAUGAUACUCAUCUCGUGCAAAAGCAUGACGUAUUGCACAAACAAGUCUACAAGAAUCGAUAGCGAUGUAUCAAAGAUAGACUGUGUUCGGAAAUGGAUGCGGGAUUUUGUCUUCCAACAAGCUCGAGUAGAUACACG